AGUCAACCCCGUGCCUAUCUGUAGACUACAUAAUACACACUCUUUCUGUACCUACAGACAUUGCUGUCUGACAGCCCCAAACACUGGCGCAGGAGACUACAAGAAUAGUUAUUUUCUACCUACUAAGAACUGGACCAACACACAGCUAACGCUCCUUUCGGCUUCAUUUGAAGGUUGUUGUUCGGGUUUAACCUACCUUUGGCUGUAUCACCCCAAACCAACCCUAACCUCACCAGCACCGCCACGGGGACUUUACCAUAACCCUGAAGGGAAACGGGUCCUGCCGGUGUUCCUUCCCCAGGACAGCCUCUUUCUCCCCCUCCCCUCUAUCGCUUUCCCCCCUCUUUCAGCCCUCCCACACAGAUGCACCCCGCCGCCCAGCUCGACAGGAGCGAUGGGAUGUGUCAACUAGUAGAUGACACAGUCCUGGACCAUGUAAGGGAGCUGAAGGCGCAAUCUGCAGUGUUUCUACCGGAGAGAGCGACAGGGAGAGUGAGGGAAGAGGAGGAGCGAGGAAUGGGCAUGGGGAAGAAUAUCACCUCUAAGUCGAUGGAGGGAGAAGGGGCGAAGUAUGAGGAGGAGAACAACAGAGCAGACUUCUACCCCAUUCCGGUGGUGGUUAACGGAGUGGGACAGGCCGCCGGAGAGCAGGACACUGAAGACACUGAGCUGAUGGCCGUCUACACUGAAGAGAACCAGGGAGGAGAGAAAAGUUCCAUGUCGGAGACUUUGGACAGUGCAGACAGUAUGGACGCCAGGAGAAUGGACAUGAUCUACACCAUUGAAGACACUCCUCCCUGGUACCUGUGUAUAUUCCUGGGCUUACAGCACUACCUGACAUGUUUCAGUGGUACCAUUGCGGUGCCAUUCCUGCUAGCUGAAGCCAUGUGUGUAGGGUUUGACCAGUGGGCUACCAGUCAGCUCAUAGGAACUAUCUUCUUCUGUGUGGGAAUCACCACCCUGCUACAGACGACACUGGGCUGCAGACUUCCUCUGUUCCAGGCAAGUGCCUUUGCCUUCCUGGCUCCCGCCAGAGCAAUCCUGUCACUAGACAAGUGGAAGUGCAACGCUACAGUGGUUCCUUCCAUGUUCAACGAGACUGAGCUGCUCAACACUGAACACAUCUGGCAUCCCCGGAUACGAGAGAUUCAGGGGGCUAUCAUUGUGUCGUCUCUGAUAGAGGUGUGUAUUGGCUUCCUGGGGCUCCCUGGGCUCUUGUUGAAAUACAUCGGGCCCCUAACUAUCACCCCGACUGUGGCCCUCAUCGGCCUGUCUGGCUUCCAGGCUGCAGGGGAGAGAGCAGGGAAACACUGGGGCAUCGCCAUGCUGACUAUAUUCCUGGUGUUGUUGUUCUCUCAGUAUGCGAGGAACGUACAGCUUCCUCUACCCAUCUACAAGGCUAAGAAAGGUUGGACCUCUUAUAGAUUACAGCUCUUCAAGAUGUUCCCUAUCAUCAUGGCCAUCCUGGUGUCAUGGCUGAUUUGUUUUAUCUUUACCGUAACCAAUGUUUUCCCACCGGAGAAAGACAAGUACGGUUACUACGCCCGCACCGACGCACGCCAGGGGAUACUGGCAGCUGCACCCUGGUUCAAGAUCCCCUACCCUUUUCAGUGGGGUGUUCCUACGGUGACAGCGGCGGGGGUGAUUGGUAUGUUCAGUGCCGUGGUCGCCAGCAUCAUUGAGUCAAUUGGAGACUACUACGCCUGUGCCCGCCUCUCCUGUGCCCCCCCACCCCCCAUUCACGCCAUCAACAGGGGUAUAUUUACGGAAGGUCUCUCCUGCGUGUUGGAUGGGCUGAUGGGGACAGGAAACGGCUCUACUUCCUCCAGUCCUAAUAUAGGCGUGCUAGGCAUCACUAAGGUGGGCAGCCGGCGUGUGAUCCAAUACGGUGCUGCUAUGAUGCUACUGCUAGGGCUGGUGGGUAAAUUCAGCGCAUUGUUCGCCUCCCUGCCUGACCCUGUCCUGGGGGCGCUGUUCUGUACCCUGUUUGGGAUGAUUACAGCUGUGGGACUGUCCAACCUGCAGUUUGUAGACCUCAACUCCUCCAGGAACCUUUUUGUUCUGGGCUUCUCCAUUUUCUUUGGCCUGGUGCUGCCCAGCUACCUCAAACAGAACCCUCUGGUCACUGGUAUAGUGUCGAUUGACCAGGUGUUGAACGUCCUCCUGACCACAGCCAUGUUCGUAGGGGGGUCAGUGGCAUUUGUGCUGGACAACACUAUCCCUGGUACGCCGGAGGAGCGAGGAAUCAGGAAGUUGAAGCGUGGGUCGGGACCCAGUACUGCGGAGCUGGAGGGGAUGAGAACCUACGACCUCCCGUUCGGCAUGGACUUCCUGCGCCGCCACACCGUCUUCCAGUACUUCCCCAUCAGCCCCACCUUCAGUGGCUACCAGUGGGGCGCGAUCCGCAAGGCCUGCAGACUUAGGGGGGGACGGGGUGGGGCAGGGAAGGCAGCAGAGAUGGAGGGAAUCACAGAUCCAGGGGAGAGCGGGGUAUAGCAGACUGGUAGAACCGGGCUGGGAAGAGAGAUGGAGUUUGGUACCAUGGAAGGGGUGGAGGUUUUUGGGUAGCGUCAGUGCAGUGUGACAUGCUCAACCCUGUCUUGUAUGUAUGUGUGUCUGUAUAACACUGUCUAUGGCCUAUUCAUGCUGUUGUUAGCAUGUUAUACCAGUGUUGUCACCAGUGUCAUGAGUGUGUAAUAACAGAUGUCCUUAUAGGGAACGUUUCAGAUGGAGUUGCAACAUGCUCUUGUCUCUGCCUAGUAUGUGAGUGAAAGAGCAUAGGAAUGCCUUAGACAGCCCAUUAUUGAGGUCCCUCUCUUCCCAUUGCACUAUUUCUUCUAGAUCUUCAGUUAACACUUAUUUUCUCAGUUAACCUGUCUACAUCAGUCAAUCUGUCUACAUACAUUCCAAGGGGAAUGGUAAGAAAAGGUUUGUUCUCUGCUGUUUAACCAAAAUACUCUGAUGUAUUACACUCCCAGUGGCCUCUGUGUGUGUGUGUGCGUGCGUGUGUGUAUGCCCACCCAUGACAUUGUGAUGGGGUUGAGUGUGUCACUUGCGCUGGCACAUUUCUUGUUUCCGGACAGAUGGACAGAGACAGACAGACAGAUGGAUGGACAGUAUCUCGUUUACGGCAAAAGUUUAAAGCUGAAUGAUUGACACCUUACAGACCCAUUGAGAAUCAGACGCAGCUGGUCAGUCAGCCCUGUUUAGCAAACCUACACUUCCCACGGUGGUUAUGGGAAAUGUAGUCUCCUGUUGAAAGGGGAUUGGAUGGAAUUGAGGCUUUAUAAAAAUUCACAUUAGACUAAUAAUUGGCCUGCAUACUAAAUUUACACACACACACACCAGGCAAGCACACUACCAAACACAAGCAAGGCAAGGUCAUGCAGAUACUGUUGAUGAAAGUGGUAGACCUUAGCCAUGCAAAGUGAUUGUGGUGUUCGUUUACAUUAUUAGAGUUAAUGCACAUUUUGUUUACUGGAACCUGCCCCUCUAUUUGGCUUCUAUUACCCGUUUAAGUCAAACACACAAUUAGGGCUGUUAUGGUGACCGCAUUAUCACAACACCGGCAGUCACAAGUCAUGACCGCAGUCAAAUUCCACGUGACCGCUGAGUCAUGGAAACCAGGCUUCCCCAAAACUGCGCUUUGAUGGUCAUUAAUAGCCUACCAAAUUUGCUAAAAGUCACUAAUAGCCUUGUACUCAGCGAUGUAUUGUCCCUCUAAUCACUCUGACAUCAAUGCAAAUGCAAUCAAAAAUUAAAUGAAACGAUUAAUGAGAGCCCUGGAAUUCAGAGUUGGAACGGAGUAGGAUCACCUAUGUGCAGCUAGAUAGAGCCAGCUCCUCAUAGCUCAACCUGAACUCAAGGGUAGACGUAACAUAGUGAAUGUCAAUACGGGACACUCCAUUUAGUAUGACAUGUUACAUUUCAUAUGGCAUGCAUUAAUUUGCUGUGAUAACCAUACCAAACGUAACAUAUACUAAUUACUGUCCCAGAUAUACGUUUACUACACAACAUGACCAAAAGUAUGUGGAAACCUGCUCGUCGAACAUCUCAUUCCAAAAUCAUGGCCAUUAUUAUGGAGUUUGUCCCCUCUUUGCUGCUAUAACAGCCUCCACUCUUCUGGGAAGGCUUUCCACUAGAUGUUGUAACAUUGCUGCGGGGACUUGCUUCCAUUCAACAACAAGAGCAUUAGUGAGGUCGAGCACUGAUGUUGGGCGAUUAGGCCUGGCUCGCAGUCGGCGUUCCAAUUCAUCCCAAAAGUUUUCGAUGGGGUUGAAGUCAGGGCUCUGUGCAGGCCAGUUAAGUUCUUCCACACUGAUCUAGACAUUUCUCCAGAGAACGAACAGUUAUUGUGCUGACGUUGCUUCCAGAGCCAGUUUGGAUCUCGGUAGUGAGUGUUGCAACUGAGGACAGACAUUUUUUACGCGCUUCAGCACUCGUGGUCCCGUUCUGUGAGCUUGUGUAGCCUACCACUUCAGGGCUGAGCCGUUGUUGCUCCUAGACGUUUCCACUUCAGAAUAACAGCACUUACAGUUGACCGUGUCAGCUCUAAUAGGGCAGAAAUUUAACAAACUGACUUGUUCGAAAGGUGGCAUCCUAUGACGGUGCCACAUUGAAAGUAAUUGAGCUCUUCAUUAAGGCCAUUCUACUGCCAAUGACUGUCUAUGGAGUUUGCAUGGCUGUGUGCUCGAUUUUAGAAAACGGGUGAACUAGCCGAAUCCACUAAUUUUGGAGUGUACACAUACUUUUGUAUAGAUAGUGUAUGUUAUGUCUAGUCUAUGAGACCAUGCUGCAUAGCUGGGGUUGUAUUUUUGUUCCCCCACUACAGACGGCUAUACCGUUUCGGCUAUAUCAUAUUGGUUCGCUAAUACAAGACUAGGAAAAGACCCAGUGCACUACAUUUGUGAUUGUUAUAUAUACAGUACCAGUCAAAAGUUUGGACACCAACUCAUUCAAGGGUUUUUCUUUAUUUUUACUAUUUUCUACAUUGUAGAAUAAUAGUGAAGACAUCAAAACUAUGAAACAACACACAUGGAAUCAUGCAGUAAGCAAAAAAGUGUUAAACAAAUAAAAAUAUGUUAGAUUCUUCAAAGUAGCCACCCUUUGCCUUGAUGACAGCUUUGCACACUCUUACCAUUCUCUCAACCAUCUUCCGCUGGAAUGCUGUUCCGACAGUCUUGAAGGAGUUCCCACAUAUGCUGAGCACUUGUUGGCUGCUUUUCCUUCACUCUGCUGUCCAACUCAUCCCAAACAAUCUCAAUUGGGUUAAGGUUGGAUGAUUGUGGAGGCCAGGUCAUCUGAUGUAGCACUCUUAUCAAUCUCCUUCUCGGUCAAAUAGAACUUACACGGCCUGGAGGUGUGUUGGGUCAUUGUCCUGUUGGGAAAAAAAAUGAUAGUCCCACUAAGCGAAAACCAGAUGGGUUGGUGUAUAGCUGCAGAAUGCUGUGGUAGCCAUGCUGAUUAAGUGUGCCUUGAAAUCUAGAUUAAUCACAGACAAGUGUCACCUUCAUGCGUCACAGUGGGAACCACACAUGCGGAGAUCAUCCAUUCACCUACUCUGCGUCUCAUCAAAGACACAGCGUUUGGACCAAAAAUCUCAAAUUUUGAAUUCAGACCAAAGGACAGAUUUCCAACGGUCUAAUGUCCAUUGCUCGUGUUUCUUGGCCCAAGCAAGUCUCUUCUUAUUGGUGUCCUUUAGUAGGGCUUUCAGCAAUUUGACCAUGAAGGCCUGAUUCACACAGUCUCCUCUGAAUAGUUGAUGUUGAGAUGUCUGUUUCUUGAACUCUGAAACAUUUAUUUGGGCUGCAGUUUCUGAGGCUGGUAACUCUAAUGAAUUUAUCCUCUGCAGCAGAGGUUACUGGGUAUUCCUUUCCUGUGGCGGUCCUCAUGACAACCAGUUUAUCAUAGCGCUUGAUGGUUUUUGCGAUUACACUUGAAGAAACUUUAAAAGUUCUUGAAAUGUUCCAGAUUGACUGACCUUCAUGUCUUAAAGUAAUGAUGGACUGUUGUUUCUCUUUGCUUAUUUGAGCUCUUCUUGCCAUGAUAUAGACUUGGUAUAGACCAAAUAGGGCUAUCUUCUGUAUACCACCCCUACCUUGUCACAACACAACUGAUUGGCUCAAACACAUUAAGAAGGAAAGAAAUUCCACAACUAAACUCUUAACAAGGCACACAUGUUAUUUCCAUUCCAGGUGACUACAUCAUAAAGCUGGCUGGGAGAAUGCCAAGUGUGCAAAGCUGUCAUAAAGGAAAGGGUGGCUUCUUUGAAGAAACAAAUCAAAAUACAUUUUAUAUUUGAGAUUAACAAUUUUUUUUUGGUUACUACAUGAUUCCAUAUGUGUUAUUUCACAGUUUUGAUGUCUUCACUAUUAUUCUACAAUGUAGAAAAAUAGUAAAUAUAAGGAAACCCCUUGAAUGAAUGGGUGUGUCCAAACUUUAGACUGGUACUGUAUAUAUUUUCUAAAAUAAAAUAAUUUUAAAAAAAUGUUCGCACCCCUAGGCCUAUAGGCAUGCAUUAUUUUGCAACUUUUUCAAAUCAUAGUUGCAUGUAUCAUGUAGCCUAGCCCAUAGAAUAUAUGUUUUAGAAGGUUUGUCUAAAGUGGCCAAAUAACUCUAUAUCAUAGCCUAUAGCCCUUGGAUCCCUGGGGCCGGGUUGGAGAGCCCAUAGCCUACAGACACUAUAGUGAAACAUGUAUUCUUAUAAGCCCAGUCAUCGUGUGUGAAAGCAGAGUUUGCUAUUCGAGUGCAGGCUUCGUAUUACAUGUUGGUUUUUGGGGCCAUUAAUUUCAAAAUAAUUCCACACAUUUAUCAUAUGUGAAAGACCAGAUGAAAUUGAAAAUAGUCUGAUGGUUGAGAAUAUUAUCAAGUGCUUGACAAAUUGCGAAUGAGAGACGGAUGAAGUGUGUGCAGCCUGCUCAAGAAACAGAGCAGAGCGCAUGCCUUUCAUGCAACGUUUUUCAAAUCAUCAUUACAGCAUUUGUCAGCCUUUGGCUAUAUGUUUUGAUUGCUAAUACAUUCCAAGGUUUGCAUCACAACUACAGUUGCACAAAUAACUCUAAAUGAAGCAUAUAGGAGGACUUGUUUCAAGUUAUGACUUUGUUAACCGCUCAACACAGAAUAGGGAGUGCAACACGUGUGCACUCCCUCGGACAUCGUUUUGGGGAAAUAUCCAUUCUAUUUUAUUCACCUAUGUUCAGUUGUAUUCUUCUUACUAUGAAAUAAUAUUAAAUAAUUCCACAAGAAUUCUAAGCAAAUCUUGUGUGUUAAAUGAACUAGUGCCACAGCCAUAUGGCAUAGCCAGAUCAGGGGCGAACAUAAGGAUGACUCAGAAUAUACUAUUCUGUUCUUCUGAAAUAGGCUACAUCUUCAUAUAAUUUCUUUAGACCUGCCUAAAAUAGUCUAUAUUACAUAGAUUUAUACAACUUGUUAAAAUGUAGAUGUUCCAAAGGUCUGCAUCAGUGGCUUGUUAGACUAUGUGUGGAAGCCCGGAGAUGCUAAACGUGUUUAUGUUAAUUAAAGGUCAUUUUAACGUGAACCCAGCAAUUAUUUGCAUGGCAGUUAGGCUGACAAAAUUGCAUGACUGCCACUGCCCUACACACAACACAACAGAUCUCCCAACAAACUGUCAAUGUCCUCCACUGAACAGGGGGCCCGGUCCCAAAUCAACCUCUAGUCCUGGACACUUCUCCUAAGUCCCCUAGUCGGGACACUUCUCCAAGUCUCCUAGUCCCGGACACUUCUCCUAGUCCCCUAAUCUUUGGACACUUCUCCUAGGCCCCUAGUCUUGGACACUUCUCCUAGCACCCUAUUCCUGGACACAUCUAAAUGCCCUCUCAUAGAUCUGAAAGAACUAGAAUGGAUGUAUGGAAAUAUCAUGGUAACAACCCUCCUGAAGGGUUAGUUGAAGCUAGUAGGCCACCACUUUUGAUUACACCUGUCUGUUUCUUUCACAUCCAGGAAGGGCCAUGAAGAAGAGUCUAGUCCAUGGGUAUGAGCUAGUGCUGGGGAAGAGGGCUUGAUUUGGGACUGGAAAUGAGGGUCAAAAUCGAUAUGUUCACCCAGUCAGCUUGCAGGCCUUACUGUGUCAGUAUUAUCUUUCGUAUCUUUAACUACCACCACCAAAAACCAGCUCUCUCAUGAACGCGUACUCCCUCAUCCAGCUGCUGUUAUUACAACUGGAAUUUCAAGGUUGACUUAUGAGCUGCUUGUAAGACAUUGAAUAGUUUAACAAGUAAUACAAACGCUUUAGCACGAAGCAGAAUGCACUUGGAUUUCUAGUUGUGCGAUCACACCAUUGUUUUUAAAAUGUAGCCAUUUUUUCUAACUCACUGAUAUCCUUAAUUUUGCCAAUGUGUGUUGGAUGCCUACUUAGACUAGUGUUUGGGUAGUGUUUGUCAGCACAUGCAUGGGGGUAUAGGUGGUUUGGCCACUGCCCAGGCCACCGCCUGAGUAAAGAUCAUGCUAUGAUUUAAGGCUUAUGUUCAGAGUAACACCCGUGCAGGGUUUGCAGAGGAAGGAAGAGGAGAGACGCUCCACAGAUUUAGCUAGGCAAAUUACCAGAAAAAAACGUAUGUACCCAGAUGCCUGACUGAAAGUGAGAAGUAGUGAAAGAAAAGAGGUGGUUUUUAAAGUGCCAAUCGCAUCCCUGAUUUCUGUCCUGCCCUCUGCUCUGUCCUACUCUGCUACAGAUGUCAGGUGGUCUACUGUUCUGUUCAAGUGAACAUGUUUGAUUUACAGACACGGCACCAUAACAGUAUCUUCAGGUUUAAGGGUGUGUAAUGGAGGGGGUAUUUUAAAAUGUUUAUAGGAGAGGGGGAGAGGGGUUGUGGCUGUAUUAUUAUUAUUAUUAUUAUUACAAUUUUUUUUUUUUUUCAAUGGCUCAUAGACUGUACAAUCUUAUCCUGCACCUAUUAAUUACUUAUUGUUAUGAUUGUUACUUGAGCCAUUGUUCAUAUUGUUGGCAUUGUUCACUUAUUUGUGAACAGUGUAACCCCCCCCUCCCCCCAAAUCCUCUCUCCAUCCCUCAUGUGUGGGGUCAAGUUCAUGUCAAUAAUUCACAACUGAGGGUGCAUCAGAAAUGGCACCCUAUUCCCUAUAUUAUGCACUGUACUGCAUAAGGGAUAGAAUGUCAUUUGGGACAAACUUAGUGUGAUUGACAUGGGGGCAACUUUUUUGGAACCUCUGCUAUGUGUGUUUGCACUGGAGUGCUGUGUUACUGUGUGAGCCAUCAUCCAUAGAAAACCAAUGGUUGAGGUAGGGUUGAAUUGAGACUCCUUCUGGCCAGUGUGGUUGACUAUCAUAAGCCUACAUGAUACUUAACAACAUGAACAAGAUGCACAGUUUCAGACUGAACCAAAAUGCAAAAGAAGCACCUAUCCUUUCUUCAUUCUUUCUCAAACUAUUUCCCUUGCUCUUCUAUUUGCUGCACCAAAACAAUGAGUGGGAGUAGUCACUGGUUCAGAAAUGCAGACAUUUUUAAAAUGUUAAGUAACAUUUCAGAUUUACUUUGUUUUAUCUUGUUGAUUAUUUUAUUUAGUUAUGAUUAGUAAGAAAGUAAUUGUUUAGUGAAAUUUAUGUGACGAGUAUUUGUGUGCUUUAUGCACAAUGUCAGAAAGAUAUUUAUCAGUUUAGAAUUGACUUGUUCUGGCCCUAUAGUAAUUUUCUGAUUUUCCGUUGUUGCAGAGAGAUCAUGAUAGUCUUAGUCUCCACAGGCAGCAGGUUGAACUGGACAUGACUCCGUUAGGACCUCGAACUAGACCUGGAGGUGUGGGAAAAGGAGAACACCUUGAACAUUCUACUCUAAACAGACUAACUAUAGUCAGGGUGUGGAGAGAAGAGGAUAGCCAAUGGUUUUGUACCAGUGUUUGAUAUGGCAGCAUGCUUGGUACUGCCUUGCUCUACAGAGCAGAGAAGAGGAAGGAACAGUGGAUAGAUGGAAUAGACCAGUCCUUCAACUUGCUCAACUACCCCUCCCCCCUCCACUCCUGCAGUGCAGAUAUGGUGUCCGUGUCCUCUCUGUUUAAGUGUACCUGUUUUCGAGAGAGAAUGUCUGAAAUAGCAUGUUGUCCACUAGGGGAGUAGGGUGUUAUUUCAGCUUCAGCCCAUAGACCACCUCAUUGGAAGCCAAUGCCUCACCUCUGUAUGAGCUUUAACUCAUUCUCAAUGUUAAAAACCAUGCCCCACGAGCCAGGUCAAGGUAUGGCCAUGUCGAUGACACAAAGACAUAUAUCCCUUUCAGUUAUUUUGAAGGGGAAACUACCUGAAGAAUAUACAUUUCUCUUUCUCAAGUGUUUUAUCUUUUUAAAGUUUUUUUUUUUUAAUACAUCGGUAUGUUUAUUACAGACAGAUGUUUGUAAGAAAAUAAAUCAUGCAUUUUAAUAUUUUGUCAUGCUGCAAAGUGCACCAUUUAUUACAUUUUUAUUUAAUUAAAAUAAAGAAUACAUUUCUUUCUAUUUUUAAUCUGUAGUUUGGUGGAAUACUUUUGCUAGUUAGAAUUUUUUUAAAUAUUGUAUAUUUCCAACAUUGCUUCCUGUUAUCAUGUUAAUAAAGUGUUCAUGCAAAUUGAGAAACGCCUGACAAACUUUAAACAGAUGUAAAAAAAUAUAUACAUGUAUAUUGAAUUGAGUAGGCUACAGUGUGUGGAAAACUUCUGGACCAGGCAUUGUGUAUACUAAUAGUAGCAACAAAAUGUUAUAUUCUUUGUUCCUUAAACUAUUUAAUAAGAUGUUACAGAAUUAA